AUGGCCUCUUUGGUAGCAGAUCAGAUACGGCGCUUGGAUGCCUACCUGGACCGCCUCCCUGUUCUCUCCGAGGUAUCGUCCGAGGAGGCUAGCUCGGCCUCUGGUGAGAACCAGCAGGGCUUCGCUGUUGCUGACGCCUUCUCGAACCCCCGCCUUGAUGAGCUUCUCAGCAUUGUCAAGUCUUUGAGUGCCACAAACUCAUCCCGGCCGCUCCUCCCGGUGCGCAACAUCAGGCAACUUCUCGUCAGAUCUGGGAUCCACAAAUCUGACCUUGACCCGACCGAGGUCACGGUCAGGAGCCCUUAUGAGACAGAAAUCGAGUGGCUGCUCGUCAGCAAGGCCGCCGUCCAGCUGCAUGGGGCCAUCCUCAACAGCUUUCUCGACCAUAUAGCCCCGCUGAGCAAUCACAUCUGGUAUUGGGACGAAGUCCUCGGCUCCUAUGCCUAUAGCAGCCUUUAUACGGUCCAGACGUCACCAUGGCGUUUCCAUGCCUGGUCCCUCGACAUAUUUCAGAGAACACUGACUCGCACACACAAUUCCCCGCCGCCAACUUACUUCGCCACGAUAGCGCAUGGGUUCCUCCCCCAGCGCUGGGGCCGCUUCUAUUCCCUGGUCCGUGACAGCAUCAGGGAGAGGUCCUUUGCCAACAUUCAGCGAAAGGUCCUCUCCCCCGUUGCCUUUUGCAGGGGUGAGGCCCGACGAAAGCAGGCCGCCAUGAAAAAGCUGAGAGAGGUCACAGCCUGCGGAUUGGGUGUCUUGAUGUGCGAAGGACUCCAGUUUGUCCAGGAGGAUGACAAGGCACUCGUGCAAGACCACAGCGAUCUCAAGGGGACAGUGGAACGCAGCGUCGUCCUCAUGGAUAUGGUCCUGAAGGAGGUCUGCCACGUCGAGCAAUCCGUUGCCGAUUUCGAGGAGAAGAUUUUUGCUGGUGUCGAACAGGACCCUGAACUCUCCGUCCACGUCGAGGAUAUUGAUGGCAGCAUUAACCGCCCCGCCGUCCUUGGCCGUCGCUUGCUACACAUUAUCGAUAACAUCCUCCCACAGCACGCAGAAUCCAUUGCGGACAUAACGCGGAGGAACGGGCAGCCCUCACCCAUUGUCCGCUACUGGCUACCCGCCAUUGUUUGUACCGUGUCGUCCACCACGAUCCUCCGCCUCGUUGUUAACCACCAGGCCGACAUACUCGACUGGAUUGCCAACCUUGGCGCAACGGCACGCGAUUUCUGGUUCAACUGGGUUAUCGAGCCCUCCCGGAAAGUCUUACAGACCAUCAGACACGACCAGUCGAGCGAGAUUGCCAUCAUGAGUCGGGACAGCCUCAAGGCUGACCGCGAGAGCCUGGAGCGCAUGGUUGUCGAUUUCGCCGUUGACAACCCCCGCUUUGCCGACGCCACCGGAUCUACUCUAACUGAAGACCAGAUUGCGCUGAUCCGUUCCAAAGUAGCCGAAGGUGAUGUGACGCCGGUCCUCAAGGCCUUUGAGAAGGAUCUGAGGAAACCGCUUGUCGGUGCUGUCCGUGGAGAUCUCGUCCGAUCUCUCCUCAUACAGGUGCAGAAGACAAAGGUUGACCUGGAGGUGGCCAUGACGGGCAUCGACGCCCUCUUGAAGAGCCAGGAGCUGGUUUUUGGCCUCGUCGGUCUGACGCCGGGAGUCAUUAUGUCGAUAGGAUUCCUCCAGUACUUCCGUGGCCUUUUUGGUGGACGCUCUGGCCAACGCAGGAGCACGACGGCCAAGCAGGCUGUGCGUGUUCUCCGCAACAUUGAUCGUGUUCUGACCGAGGCGCCGCCCGUUGAUAACAAUAUGCCCUCUUACACACACCACGGCCUAUUGCUCUGUGAGGUCCAGACACUCAGAAGUCUGGCCUCCAGGUUGAUGCCUUCUGAAAUCGAGAGGGAGUUCCUCGAGGAUCUGUCUGACCUGUCCAAGCUCAGGGGCGCGCAGUUCCAGGCUCAGGCUUUGUCGAGGAUUCGCUGGGCUUAUGCCCGUUGGCUGCGCUAA